AUGGCCGCCCACGCCGAGUCUACCGAGCUUGUGGCCCUCCUCCGUCGCCGAUGCGGCGAUCCCGAGGCUGCGCUUGCCGCCUGCCGCCAGCGCGAGGUUGAGACUGCGGUGGGCCUCUGCAGGGCACGGGCCGGGUGCCCGUCCAUCGUAGCCGACUACGAAGCGUGUCUUGAGGUCCAUCUCCAGAGCGCUGCAGGCGGCGAUGCGGCAGCCAGCCAGCUGGAUCUCAUGGCGCAGCAUCCCGAGACAGCAGUGUGUCAGGCGGAGGCGAGCAAGCUGUCGACAUGCGCCAUGGCGGUGGCCCAGCUAGUCGACGGCGCACCGGCGCCUGUGCCCCGCGGGGUGGAGGCCGAGCUCACCGCCGCUUGCCGCAAGGUCAACGACAAGCUCGCGGCGUGCGAAGCGAGACAAUCACGCGGUGUGGUCCCUGCUCAACCUGGGGCGUGUGCCAAGGCCAGGGAAGCCGCCCUCCUCUGCGCAGGCCGGGUCGUCUGCCCGGCCGACACGGCUGCGCUCUCGGCCUGCCGCACUCGCACCCUCUGGGGAUGGCUCCCGUUUGCAGACUGCGAGCCUGCGACCGAUGCUGUCCACCGAUGCCUUGCCGCCUUUUACGCCACUCUGGCCAAGCGGAAGCAGCUCAAUGCCGCCGCCGGUCGAUGAUGGUUUAGCCCGGGGGCUCGAUGAGCGGGGAGGGCUACCAGGGCUACAUCGAGAUGUGAGAGGAAGAUGGCCGUCUGCCUGUGUGAAGGAGAUCAUCCAAAGCAACAGAAAGAGAAAGAACGAGAGCGAGGGCGUG